CAUUCAUCCACCCAUGUUCCUUUGUGCUUGCGUCGUCCGCACUUCCUUCCCUACCUGCCUUUCAUCAUCUAUCAACCCAUCGCGGUCGCUAACACACACAACACGGGGAUUCUUCAUCUCUUGAGCUUCCUUGCCGUGUGCAGCGUAUCACGACCGUCCCACUUGCCUCGCAUCCCCCUCCGUUCUGCCCGGGUCGCACACCUACAUAAACGGUCGCCCGCCUUCCCUCGACGUUUUUAGCCGCCCGUCCGCCACGGCCGCGCCAUCACAAAUCCCCAUCUCAAUCGCCAUCGCAGGGGCAGAGCAGCAGCGUUACUACCUGGCUCGCGCGCUUGGGUCAAACUCAAACUCAAUACCAUGUCGGCGCGACCGCAGCUCUUCACGCGCGGCCUCUCAGGCCUGUCGCAGAGCACCACCACGGCCGAGGCCAGCUCCCCCGCCGAGCAGCGCGACGAUGCUAAGCGCAACUUCCUCAAGACGAUGCGCCCCCUGCCGACGCAGCACUACUGGAAUGUCUACUUUGACAGACAGCAGCAACAGCAGCAGCAACAGUCCAAAGAUCACCACCGCCAAAACGGCGGCGGCGGCGGCGGCGAUGACAGCGAGUACAAGGUGCAGCUCGAGCAGCUCGGCGGCCAGAUCGAGUCGGUGCAGGACUUUUGGCGUUACAACAACAACACCCCCGUCGAUCAGAUCAAGAUGCGCGAGAGCAUCUACCUCUUCAAGUCGGGCUUCCGCCCCGUCUGGGAGGACCGCCGCAACCGCGACGGCGGGAGCUGGACCUUUCGCGUCCCCAAGACCAUUGGCCCCGACGUCUGGACUCGCAUCCAGCUGCUGGCCAUAGGCGAGAAGCUGCAGAGCGCCCUCGCCGACGGCGACCAGCUCUGCGGCGUGGGCCUCUCGGUCCGCUUCAACUCGCACCUCAUUACCGUCUGGCACCGUGACUCGUCCAAGCAGGCCUCCAUCGACGGCAUGCUCGCCUGCGUCAUGGACGAGCUGCCCCCGGAGCUGCGCCCCAAACCGGACAACUACUUUUACAAGCGCCACCGCGACCACGCAGGCUUCAAGGCGCCCUCGGACGCGCAGCCCGCGGCGUCCAAGGAAGGGGGUCUCGUUGCGCCAGGCACGAAUGCCGCGCCAGAGGUGACGGUCGAGCCGCCGUCGGCGCACUAAAAGGGACGGGACAAUGAUGAAUGACCACCAUGAUGCGUGUAUGGGGGAUUCUUCAUCCCGAGCUUUUUUUUCUUUUUGGAUUUGCGACUCGGCCUCUAACAACUGAUGGCCCUUUGCAUGGGAUCACGGCGUUAAGAGGGAGCAAGAAGAUUUCAUUUACCCGGGCGGCUGCGGCAGCGACCAAGCGGUCGCCUGUCGCGCCGAAAAAUUGUUGCUCGUCUCUGCUCUUAACAGAGCAGUAGGAAAAUUCAUACAUCGCAACUAGAUAGGUGUGAAAGGGUGUGCCACAACGCCUGAGAACUCGAACGAGCCGUCACUGG